ACCAGCAGCACUUAGGAUGUCUUGUAAACAUUUGCUCUCUGAGCAAGGAGCAUUCUUCCUGGAGCAAGCAGCACAGGUGCCUGGCUGGUGGCUCCUAAAACACAAAACAGACUAGAAGAUCGUUGCCUGGAUUAUCUAGAUUGGUAGAGAGAGACUGAGAAUUCCCUUUUACAUCUGAAAUGUCAGACAGUGAGGAUCUGGGACAGGAUGACAGCUGGAAAGUCACCGAUUCCAGUCAAGACUACAGACCCAGAAUAAAUCAGUGCAUUUCAGAAGCGCUGAUGAAUUUAUUUGUAUUUCUUCAAGAAAUGUCCCACUUUAAGGAACAAAACCCUGGCAAGUUUUGCCUACUAGUCUGCAGCAUAUGUACAUUUUUCACUGUCUUGGGAAGUUACAUUCCUGGAGUUGUCCUCUCCUAUGUCUUGUUAUUGUGUGCCUUUUUAUGUCCCUUCCUUAAGUGCAAUGAAUUUGGACAGAAACUGUGCAGCAAAAUAAAGGCUUUUCUGAUGAAACUAGAUUUUGGAAUAGUGGAAUAUAUCAACCAGAAGAAAAAAGAGAGAUCUGAAACAGCAAAAACAAAACCCACAGAAGAUGACAGUGAAUUAGACAUAUCAGCUCUGUGUCCUAAGGUUAGUCCUGCAAUUGUUGCCAAAGAGCUGUCAGUAUCUGACACAGAUGUCUCAGAAGUAUCCUGGACCGAUAAUGGGACCUUUAACUUAUCCGAGGGGUAUUCUCCACAGACUGACACAUCUGAUGAUUUUGACCGACCUAGUGAUCAUGAAGAAGCUUUCGCUAGAGAUCUUUUAGAGUUCCCCUCUUUAGAAAACGGUGCCGGCACAAACGAUGACGAUGACUCAAGCAUCGGUUUGCCCACCCAGCAAAAGCGAAGGAAAGAGCAAACUGAUGUCAAGGCGGAUCACGCUUCCAGACAGAGUAAAGAGAGACCAUCCACUGCAGGGCUGUCCUUGCCUCUGACCAGUGACCAAACCUUUAACUUAAUGAGCGGAAUUGCUGGCAACGUCAUCACAGCUGCGGUGUCUGCUGCCAUCAAAGACCAGCUGCAGUCCUUACAGCAAGCACCCUCACAGGCAGCGCCCAGUUUGAGCGAGGAGACAGACACAGAGGAAGCUGAUGAUUUUGAACUGCUUGACCAGUCUGAGCUGGAGCAGAUUGAGAAAGAAUUGGGACUUUCACAAGGUCAAGAAGCAGAAUCCCAGGAAAAGAAAAAGUCUUCAGGCUUCCUUUCAAAUCUGCUUGGAAGUCAUUAACCUGGAAGUUUCAGCUGGUAACACAGAAGAAAUUAAACAUAAAACACAAAAAAAUACCAUCAAAUGCAAAAAAAAAGUUUAAAAAAAUAAAAAAGAGAGAGAGAAGAAAAUUCUGAACUGUAAGCUUUAACUAUCCCUUUAGAUGUGUUGUAAUAAUUUCCCUUAUGCAGAGUGAAUUAACUGGAUAAAUAUCAGCUAAUACUGAUAGUUUAAUGUUUCUGGUAGUUAUACCUCAAUGUAAUAGCAUGGAAAUGAAUUAUCUAUCCACUGUUUGGUUGCAGAUGUGUGGUGGAAGUCGGUUCAAAACAAGUUGAGAGAGAGGUUUCUUUUACUUUUUCGCCAACCAUCUAUUUUGGGGUCCUGAGCCAAAUUUUCAAUAUCGGCAGUUUAUUUACUCUAGUUUUCCAAUCAUGUAAUACAAUUAAUAUUGUGAGGGCAAAUUAUCAGAGGGCUGCAGUGAGAUUUACUGCAUCUCACCUCCUUCAAUCCUACCAGGAAGUAGGGAUCCCUGCAGUUAGCACUACGUGUAGCGCAUCUACUAUAUUUGAAACACAUUAACUGGCACAACUCAAGUUUAAAUAUGUGUGCAACACUAUAAAAACCCCUAGAUUUCAUACCUAAAACCUUUGAAUUAUUUUGGAUAUGGUGAUGCAUUUCCAAAUUUUUUGCUGUUAUAGGCUUGUAGAGUUGUAAAGUGGCAUGUUAUAUGACUGACCACCCGCUGUGUUCCUUGAUGGAGUCUGGUCCUUGGCAGUAUUGCCCAUGUGAAGUCAGCCAAUGAAUAUUUAUGUUUAAAAGUUAAUAUUGUCUAAACUGAACCACCUUUUUGGGAGCAGGUGAGGGUAGCUAUUGUUUGGAGAGAUUAGAGAUGCAAAAAAAAAAGCAUAAAGGCUUUUUAGGUGCUACUUCCUUAAUUUGAGAUUCUGUAGGUUUUGGUUUGGCUUUUUUUUUCCCAUGUUAGCUGCUUCCACUUGCAACAAAAAUUGUGUUGCAAGCUGAUUAUUUUAAUAUAUUUAGAAGCAUUUGGUGAAGUCAGUUGCUAGAGAAGACACUCAGAAUCUUCUUCUUGGCAUGUAAUUUAAAUGUGGUUAAAAAAAGAACUUGUUUAAAUUAUUUGCCAGUUUAAAGUCCAUACAUGCUGAGUGAGUGGCAUGGGAUCUCAAGCAGAUAACUUAAUUUUCUAGGGUUUUUUUGUUCACCUGUGACAAAACUUAUUGCAAUACCAAGCGAUAGUAAUACAAGAAAUAGGAAAAAAUAAAGCUACUUUUUUUAAUGUGAUGUAAACCAUUAGCAAAGUUGAGGGACCAUGUCAGCUGCUACUACUACUCAAGUAAGUUUCCAUUUGCUGGCAUUUGAAGAGGUAAAUGCUGUUAUUUAGGACCCUCAAAAAGUACAGCAACAGAUAAUAAAAAUCUUCCACUAACAUAUAUGUGUAGGUAAAUGUGUUUCAAAAUAACUUCAUUUUGUAUUUUUUUUCCUUUUGAGGUAGAAAAAUAGGCAGAUGGCCAAAAAGAGUGUAGCAAAAGGAAGGAUGCUGAGAUUUUUUGACACUAGCUUUAUUGUUGCUUGUGCUUUUUGUGUCAGUAAUGCAUAUUGACCGUGUUUGCUGUCCUUUACCAAUAAAAAGGUAAGCCUGUGCCUUCAUUAUCAAAUACAUUAUGAAAUAAGUGGAUGCUGGAUAUAGAUCCCACAAGAUGCAGCUUUCAAAAUUACAAUAU